UAGACGCCAAGUCGGUCACAUUCACACUCACACCCCCACAGCACAACUUUCCGAUCCCAUCCCUCUCCAGCCUCCGCCCUCCGCUCGCCGCGCUUCCGCUUCCUCCGCCACCACCGCCGGGAUGGCUGCGCGCUGCCCCUACUUCGCCGUGGAGGAGUCCUCCCGCGGCAUCCGCUCGGGGGAGUCCCCGGCCGCGGCGCUCCGCCGGAUCCUCGCGACGCCCGGUGCGCACCAGGCGCCCUGCUGCUACGACGCGCUCGGCGCGCGCCUCGUCGAGCGUGCGGGGUUCCAGAUUGGGUUCAUGGGCGGUUUCUGUGUUUCUGCCGCUCGACUUGGCUUGCCUGAUGUCGGCCUCAUUUCCUAUGGAGAAAUGAUAGACCAAGGGUGUCUCAUCAAUGAAGCUGUUUCAAUCCCAGUGAUUGGUGAUGGAGACAAUGGUUAUGGAAACUCUAUGAAUAUCAAGAGAACCAUAAAAGGGUAUAUCAAUGCUGGUUUUGCUGGAAUUAUGCUUGAGGAUCAGGUGGCACCUAAAGCAUGUGGACAUACUGAAGGAAGGAAAGUUAUAUCAAGGGAGGAAGCUAUCAUGCACAUAAAAGCUGCUGUAGAUGCUAGGAAGGAGAGUGGCUCUGACAUUGUUAUUGUAGCAAGGUCAGAUGCUCGCCAAGCAAUUUCUCUUGAUGAAGCAUUAUGGAGGGUGAAAGCAUUUGCUGAUGCUGGAGCAGAUGUUCUGUUUAUUGAUGCCCUUGCUUCAGUAGAAGAGAUGAAAGCAUUUUGUGCUGUUGCACCAGAAGUUCCAAAGAUGGCAAACAUGUUAGAAGGUGGUGGUAAAACUCCCAUAUUGAGCCCUGCUGAACUUGCAGAAAUUGGUUUCAGGCUUGCAGUCUAUCCUUUAUCCUUAGUUGGGGUAUCAAUGCGUGCCAUGCAGGAUGCUCUAGUUGCGAUAAAAGACGGCGGUGUACCUCCACCUAGCAUCUUGCCAUCUUUUCAGGAGAUCAAGGAUACAUUGGGUUUCAACCGCUAUUAUAAAGAAGAGAAACAAUACCAAGUGGACAAGUGAAGGAAGCAACUGACGUCUGAUCUUGUGGAUUCAGCCGGAUCGUUUCCAUGGCUUAAUUGCCAGCGGACAUGAUGCAGAACCAGUCGUAUUUAUGUUGAGUUGUAAACUUGUAUCGAAAGCUGUGUAGCGCAGUAUCCUGUAGAACACAUAUAUAUGGUUUUCUCUGCUUCCGUUCCUGCUCUGCUGUGGUUUCAGUAAUCCCGAACUUGUGGUUCCAGUCUAAUAAUAAAACAGGCCAGCUUGAUGGGGCUUUCGUUAUGCCA